AUGGAAGACCACGGACAAGCUGUCUGUUACAGCCUUGAAUCCCUCACCUUAGGUCGGGUCUAUAUGGCGUCUGUAUCUAUCGAAACCGUUCUCACUCAAUGGAUUAUCGACACCAAACUUCGUUCCAGUUCCAACUUGGUACCCCACUCGAAGGGGCCCAGAGAUUCGCUCGUUGAUUUCGAACUCCCCUUUGACAGAGGGGCUAGAGAACAACCGAUAGUAUGCCUCUCUGUAAACCCUAAUGCUGGUACAUGGGUAGGCUGUGUCUUUUACACACUGGAUGAAGCUCGUAAUUGCGCGGAGAUAGCCAGAAAGAUGGGAUUGCCGGUGAAGGAUUUCAGAAAACUUUUGGCACGGACCAAAGCCAGCCAAAGCAUCCAAUCCUCUGAUGUCAUGAUUAACGUUCAACAUGACUCGAAUAUCCCUUGUCCAAACCACCAAGGAUUCAAUGGUGAAGAAGAGAAUCCGGGGUUUUAUAUGUUUUGUCUACCGGCCACCCUUCGAUUUCCUCAAAAUGGCAGCUUGAAGCUUUACCUCCCGAAGGUGGUAAGAAAGGCAGAUCUUACACCAGCUUAUCCGUGUCCCGGUUUCAUUGUCGAUCCAGCCACAUUCGGGGGUGUUUGGGAUUACAUCCGGGGAACGAAGGAAUCUUUGGAAAAGAGACUCGAGUCCAAACUUUGGAGGAAAGUUGACCGUUUCCGUGUCAAGGCGGCUGUGGAUAGAGAAAAAUUGGAAAGUAGUGGAUAUGGAGAGCCAAUGGACAUUGACAGUAACGAGAGAAUGGGACAAGGCAGUAGCCAUCAAGUGAAGAGAAAGCAGGAAUAUGAGGACGGAGAAGCACCAAAAAAAAGGAAAAUCAUUUCCAGUUGA